UGGAAGGUCGAAAAACUCCCCACCUCUCGAAAACGUUACGAAUAUUUUGAGGGCGCGCGAACUUCCCGCUGCGAGCAGUUGGUCCCGACGUGGCUAUCACUGAAAAACUGCAAUCCAUCUCUCCCUGUCUAUUUCUCUCUCUCACCUUCAGUUAUUCAGUUACAUUCCUUCCAUCUCAUUUUUUUCUUCUAUCUUCCAGUAAAAUUUUAUAUUUUCCAUCAUCUGCAUUUCUGAAUUCUUUUGUGGAAAUCUCUGUCUGUCUGUCUGUCUCUCCUGGAGUUCUCAAAUUUGGUUUCUAAUUUUUCAGAGAUCUAUCAUUUUCCUGCGAAUUCCUUUAACCAAUUUUCAAAUGUCGGUCCCAGUGGAUCAAAGUGAUCCAAACAAAGGCUCAGAUCCUCCGAUGCCCAUUACAUCAAAUUGGACGAUCAAUGUUUCGGAUAUAAAGACAGUGAAAGUUAGCAACAUUUCAUUAGCUGCAUCAGAGGGGGAUAUCAAACAUUUCUUCUCUUUCUCUGGUGAUAUUCAAUAUAUUGAGAUGCAAAGGGAGUCUGAAAGUUCUCGGCUUGCAUAUGUUACAUUCAAGGAUUCGCAGGAAGCAGACACAGCGGUUCUUCUAUCGGGAGCUGCCAUUUAUGAUCUUUCUGUCUCUAUAGCACCAGAUGAAAAUUACCUGCUGCCCCCUGAAGCUAUUCCAAAUAGCCCGCCUUCUAAUUCCAAUUCAGCUGUCAAGAAGGCUGAGGAUGUUGUGACCAGCAUGCUUGCUAGGGGCUUUGUACUGGGGAAGGAUGCUUUAAACAAGGCAAGGGCCUUUGAUGAACGGCAUCACUUGAUGUCGAAUGCCUCUGAUACUGUUGUGGCCCUUGACAGAAGGAUGGGCCUGAGAGAAAAGAUAGGCAUUGGGACUUCUAUAGUCAAUGAGAAGAUGAAGGAGGUGGAUGAGCGGUUCCAGGUGUCUGAGAAGACGAGAUCAGCCAUUGGAUUGGCUGAGCAGAAGGCAAGCAGCGCAGGGUCAGCCCUAAUGAACAACCACUACAUCUCAGCUGGUGCAUCAUGGGUGUCAGGUGCCUUAAACGUGGUUGCCAAGGCAGCCGAGGAUUUGAGCCACAUUACCAAGGAGAAGGUUGACAGAGCUGAGGAAGAGAAGGAGACGGUCUAUAGGCAUAGAACGGAGAUUGUUAAUGACUUUUCCUGUAUACAUCUCAAUGAGCCUUCAACAGGGGAGCCCCGGAUGGUGCCAAUCGAUACAGCUGAUGAAGGUAAGCUUGGCAUCAUAUGAUUGCUGAGGUUUAAUUUUUAUAUUUUGAUUUCAAUUUUUCCCACUUCUUGUAUAUUGUUUUUUUUUUCUUGAAGGUCCAUUUUUAAUUAGCUUAGUUUAUUACUGUUGGAUUAAAUUUGAUAUAGAGUGUUUAACUGAUGUUUACUGUAGACCAUGUAAAUGAAUGGAUUUUUAAGACUUUCUCCUUCCCUGACA